AACGCCUCACUAGGCUUUACAUCCGAAGAGUGCGCUCGCAGCAUGGCCAAGUUCCCGGCUGGGAAGGGGCAGAGUAUCGCCUUGCGAUCAGCGCUCUGAUGCUCGCCAACAAGAUGCACGAAGACAGCAGCUAUACAUCGUGAGUGGAGUGUUGUGCGUUUCUAUCCUGGACGACGCUGACGUUGUCCGUCAUACCUUUCUGACCUAAAACCUAACCCACAACAGAGCCACCUGGUCCGACAUUGUCAAAAUACCAGUGAAGGAGCUCAAUCAGAUGGAGGUCGAGCUUUGGCUUGCAGUCCCAUCCAUGUGGACCUCGUCGGAUCAGUACUUCGACUGGGUCGCUGAGGUGACGGCUUUGUCACAUUCGCGCGAGUCUGAGUUACAGAACUUUGAACAUCGACGAGCUUUUGGUCACACCUCGGUGUGGUCCAUUGGCGCUGCACCGUCUGGACGCGCUACCCCUCGCCGACGAGGUGUUCGUCGAACGUCUCCCCGACUUUUCCCAAGGCACAGCCUAGGCAACAUCUUCGAAUCUGUUGGUCCCGCAGAUGUCAACGGCCUUUCGGAAAUCACCGGGGAGACCGCUACGAAGCGUGACGAUGCAUUCCAGAUCCUCGAUUGGACCUUUGGCUCGCUUCAUGGACAGACACAACAGCCAACUUCCAGUAUCUCCAUGGCCUCAUCCGCGGAUGUCACUCCCGCGAGGCCGAGUCCUUUGCGAUUUUCUGACUCGUGGCGAGCAUUCGAAAGCCCCACCUCUACAGUGCGGCCGACCUCGCAGCAACUCGAGACGUCUGGCGUGGGAGUGGGUUUAGGCGCGAAGCGUGCCUUUGACGGCUCCGGAGAGGUGUUGUCUGAACCAGCUGCCAGGCGUCGCAGACGCAAUGAUCAAUACGACCAUGACGCUUCAUUCUGGACAACACAGUCAGGCGUCCUAGCCAGCCAGUCAGGGGUGGCGCCCUCUGUUGUAGACAGUCGCCCCUCAACCGCAGCACCAGGCUCCGUGCUCUCGAUGCAAGAGCCGCAUGGACACGGCACGGGGCCAUCACGUCAGCGCUCGACAUUUGAAGGGGCUUUGACGCCUGACGUGCUCAUCGCACCCUACGCUGUCCCAUACAGGGCAGAGGCUCCCCAAGUCUCGGGCGUCGAGCAUGGACGAAGCCACUCUGCUAAAACUGCACCUCUCCACUAUUGGUCCUUGGCUGCGGGACAUGCGUAUGGGCGCGCGAAUCAAUACCUCCUUCCACCGAUCCCCGGGGCUCAUCAAUAUGUGCCUCCUGCCACCGUCAACUUGCGACGAGCAGAGCAUACUCCAUCGCCUCUGGCGAUCCAUGAGCCGCACGUGGAAACAAGCUAUUUCAGGCACGUUCCAGCGAUUACGUCAACUCCCUACCCUACACCCUCGAGAAGCAACAAAGUCUCGCGACACGCUUCGUCAAGCAAUGAUGAGCGACAAGACUCUGUCAGUCCGAGCGCAAAUGUGCUCCACUAUCCACAGAGCGCGCAGAUCCGGCACAUGGGCCCCACACACGGCGGACCUGCCCAGUCUUUCGUGGCUGGCCCCAGCAUGCUCGACAAAUUUUCUCAGCUUCCCGUGCCCCAAAGCUGCGACGAAUGGCAUGAUGUUCGUGCUCCUCAACAGUCACCUCAGCUGCCCUCUUCUAUGGCCUGGGCACCGGCUCCUGAGUGCGGCCAGCACAACUCUUACCGGCCAUUCGUGGCCAACACUCACGACUGGCCCAUCACGCGAUCCAGACUUGGUCCCCAUCCCGCUGAUACUGAUUCGUACCAAUCACCAGCUUUCAGAGGGUAAUUUUGGCACGCCUAAAUCCGUUCAAACGGGUCGGAUUAGCGACUCGUGGGAUUUGUCCUCGAUCUCGAUUUCUUGCGCCGCCUUGAUCUGCGCUACCAAUUUCUCAGCCUCUCACUCGGCCUGCACUAGGCAUCUAAUCGCGGCGAACCGGCGUCGCCUCGUGACUUUGCUAUCGCACACAAAUAGCAGCACAUCAGCGUUCUUUCUAAUAGCAUCUGGUCUCAUCUUGUCUUUGGCUUCCUACACGCAUCUCAGAACAUAGGCCUCGUUCAUCUCCACAUUUGUACACAAU